AUGGGGCUCCCGGAGUCACUAAAGAGCAGGCGCUGCAGUUCUGCCGGCGCGCGGGAAGUUCUUCUGGAGAAGAGUUGGAGGCACCGCGCAGCAGGCGCUGGCAGGGUGGCUGCUGCGGAGACGCUCAGCGCCCCGGGACGCCUCCGGGGCCGGGGCGACGGGCCACACGAGGAUCAGCGUCCGGAGACCCCCUCCGGUCUCCGCCUCGGUCGCGGUGCACUUCGCUCUGCGCAGGGCUCAGUCCUCUCGGCCCUUCUGCACGCCCUGGCAAUGAGAGACCCCAAGCUCUGA